UUCUUCCUCAAGAAGCGAUGAAGAUGCUGCACUCGUCUGUGAUUCUGCUCACGCUGUCCGGUGUUCUCACUCAGGACAGUAAAUAUGGUGUGAACUAUCCGGAUAAUCCGAUCUGUGCUGUGAGAGGAUUCAGUGUUUCCAUUCCCUGUAGUUAUUAUUAUCCAACAUCAAAUCCCAAUAUUCAGGUGACACAAAUGCUUUGGUGCUCAAUGAACUCAAACACAGACGUGUGUGAAAACCCCCCGUAUGUUUAUAACAGCUCAUCAAUCACCACAUCAGACUUUGAGUACGCUGGAGACAACAAAUCAAACUGCACUUUGUUAAUCCACAAUGUACAGUUCAAUUAUUCUGGAGAGUACAAGUUCAGAUUUAUAACUGAUAUGACUGGUGGAAGAUGGACAGGUGUACCUGGAGCGAUUCUACAAGUUGCAGAUUUAAAGGUGUCACUAAUCAGGCUCAGUGGAAACGGAACCCUUAAACAAGGAGACUCGUUAAAUCUGACGUGUGAUGUGAACUGCACACAAAGUUCCUCACAGUUUGUGUGGUCUAAGAACAACGAGCGCUUAAAUACAUCAGGACCCGUUCUUCACUUUCCUGCUGUAACCGUGAGGGAUUCUGGGAAUUACACCUGCACUUGGAAAACCAGCAUGACGUCAGGAUCUAAAGCGAUCAGCCUUCUCGUCGAGGAUGACAACACUGAAAAUCCUGAAACUCCUGACCAUCCUGGUCAUUGGUCAGUCUGGAUCAUUGUUUUAGUGACAGCUGGAGUGAUUUUCAUGGUCUUAGCUGUCCCAGCUGUGAUUUACAUCAGGAGGAGGAAAUUUAAAGCUCCGGAAGACAACGGGGGGGAAAGUGGAGAGAAAACCCAGGUAUGA